AUGUCUUUUACUAUUCGCACCCUCUUCUUAUUUUGUCUCUUCCUUCUCUUCUUCUUCUCUGUCUCCGCCCACAGUGUCCACGACGAUGACGGAGACGCCGACGCAGACUCCGACGCCGGACCUCCCCCCAACCUCCGUUCAAAAUCCUUAAUCCUCGCAAAAGUUUGGUGUUUAAUAGUGAUCUUCUUCGCCACUUUCAUUGCCGGUGUAUCUCCGUACGUAUUGAGAUGGAACGAAGGUUUUUUGAUUCUGGGGACACAGUUUGCUGGUGGAGUGUUUUUGGGAACUGCUUUGAUGCAUUUUCUGAGUGAUGCAAAUGAGACGUUUGGUGAUUUGACUGAUAAAGAAUACCCUUUUGCGUUCAUGUUGGCUUGUGCUGGUUAUUUGAUUACUAUGCUUGCUGAUUGUGUUAUUUCUUCGCUUUUGGAGAAGCCUCAUGGUGCUGCUGCUGACGUUGAAGGUCAAGAGGCAGAAAAAGGAGGCAAUGGUGUUACUUCUCAAUCACAAUAUCAGGGUUCUGCUGGCACCAAUGAUCGCGAUCAUACAUCUGCUAGUUCAAUUGAAGAUACCGUAUACAUAUUCAUUUAUGUAUACAUAAUCGCCCUUUGUGCUCAUUCUGUUUUUGAGGGAUUAGCAAUCGGAGUUUCCAAGACAAAAGCAGACGCUUGGAAAGCUUUAUGGACAAUCUGUUUGCACAAGAUAUUUGCAGCGAUUGCGAUGGGUAUCGCGCUCCUUAGAAUGGUUCCUAAUCGACCUCUACUAUCAUGCGCUGCCUAUGCUUUCGCCUUCGCAAUCUCUAGUCCAAUUGGUGUCGCCAUUGGAAUUGUAUUAGAUUCCACAACACAGGGUAAUGUGGCUGAUUGGAUUUUCGCUAUAUCUAUGGGCCUAGCUUGUGGUGUGUUUAUUUAUGUUUCGAUAAACCAUCUAUUUUCAAAGGGUUAUGUGGCUCACAAGCAUACAAAGGUCGAUUCACCGUAUAUGAAGUUUCUUGCAGUGUUGUUGGGAAUAGGAGUUAUAGCUGUUGUUAUGAUAUGGGAUACUUAA